AUGACCACCAACUACCUCCAGCUCAACAGCAGCAAGACGGAGGCAAUCCUGAUAGGCACCACCGACCAGCUUGCCAAGGCCGCCAACAUCAGCCCCUCCCUUGAUGGUCAGCUCAUUUCUCUCUCCUCUGUUGUCACCAUCCUGAAAGUAAGGUUUGACCCCACUCUGUCUUUCCAGGCCCACAUCAAACACAUCACCAAGACCUCCUUCUUUCACCUGAAAAAUAUUUCCCGACUGAAGCCCUCACUCUCAACUGAUGACACCAAAAAACUGGUUCAUGCACUCGUCUUCUCAAGACUAGACUAUUGCAAUGCACUCCUCUCCGGUCUCCCAGCCAAAUCCAUCAACCGCCUGCAACUUGUCCAGAACAGCACAGCCAGAGGUCUCACCGGUGCAAAAAGGUCCGCACACAUAACCCCCAUACUUGCCCAACUACACUGGCUCCCAGUCCACUACAGGAUCCAGUUUAAGGUUCUGCUCCUCACUUACAAAGCCCUGAAUGGACAAAGCCCAAAAUACCUCUGUGACCUCAUCCGUACCCAGACAUCUACCCGCUCCCUCCGCUCCAGCCACGCUCCUCUUCUUUACAUCCCCCGCACACGUCUCCGAACAAUGGGAGCCUUCUGCUCAUUCGCCCCGCGCCUCUGGAACUCCCUCCCAGAUCAGCUGAGAUCUGCCCCUUCCACCGAGGCGGGGUCUUCCAGCGAGGCGAUCCUGAGCUCGAUGUCUCAGGAGCUGGUUCCUGCCGGCCGAUUGGCCCUGAAGCUGGAGGGGGAGGAGCCUCUGGACGGGUGCCGCUGCUCCCCCGGGGCGAGGGAGGAAUACCCCGACGUCCUGCCCGCCAGACUGAACCCCGGCGGGCUGGGAAACAACCGCACGCUGUUCCUCGUCAUGAAGAGUUACCCCGAGACUCUGCGUCAGUUCCUGUCUGGGAACCAGCCGAGCCGCAGGCAGCGAGUCCUGAUGCUGCUGCAGCUGCUGGAGGGCGUGCAGCACCUCUGCAGUGAGGGGGUCGCUCACCGGGACCUGAAGACUGACAACAUCCUGCUGGAGCUGGACUCAGCUGGAUGUCCUCGGCUGGUGAUCUCGGACUUCGGCUGCUGUCUGUCUCAGAGCGACUGUAGUCUGCAGCUUCCCUUCAACAGCAUGUGGGUGAGCCGGGGGGGCAACGCCUGCCUCAUGGCCCCCGAGGUGUCCAGUGCCUCCCCGGGCCGGGCCUCGGUGAUCGACUACAGGAAGGCGGACGGCUGGGCGGUCGGCGCCGUCGCCUACGAGAUCUUCAGGGAGCAAAACCCUUUCUACGGAGCGGGGGGGCUGCAGAGCCGGAGCUACGAGGAGACGAAGCUGCCACCUCCCCUCCCCACUGCACCUGCUGAUGUGCAGCUAGUGAUUCAGCUGCUGCUCAGGAGGAGCCCCAGCAAGCGGCCCAGCGCUCGUGUCGCCGCUAACAUGCUUCACCUGAGCCUGUGGGGGGGGCGGGCUCUAUCCGACCUGAGGAAGCUCUCUGAUUGGCUGCUGUGUCAGUCGGCCGUGGUGCUGCUGGCAGGGUGCAGCGGCCCGGGAGGGUGCACGGUGGAGGCGGAGCUUCAGAGGAGCUUCCUGUCCAACCUGGAUCUGGAGGAGCUUCGCACCGCGGGGGGGUUCCUGCUGUACGGCCGGGGGGGGGGGGCAGCGGCGUCUGAUUAGACUCACCUUCAGACCAAACAAGAGGAUUCUCCCCUCGCGUUAAGAUAAGAGAAGAUAAAAAAUACUUUAUUGAUCCCAAUUUGGGAAAUGUUUGCGUUGCAGCAGCAUAAAAAGACAAGGUAUUGCACGUUAGAGAAAUUAAAAGUAUAUAUAAAUAAACCAUCAAACUGAGACAAAGACAGGCCACGAGUCCGACUCAAAACACAGACUUUAUUAAUUAGAUCAGCUGCUUACAUUGAAAGUACAUGAGUGUUAAUGAUGAGACAAUCAUCAUGUGAUUGGUCUGUUAAUAAACCCAUCUAACCCAGAUCAGAGGUUUACAUUCA